CGAGCCGCGCACAGCAGCUUUGGUCGUCAGCUGCGUCAGGCGCACGUCGGCUUUGUGUUUGGCCACAUUCGGCUUGAGGCCGAUGUGACUUUGGGGACUUUGGGACUUUGGGACGGCGACAUCUGCAACGGCGCGCUCGGCUGCUCGACGACGCAGAAAUUGGCCGCGCGUGUGAACUUUUCGACGCAGAGGCUCGACGAGAGACUUUUUUCUGCUUCUUUUUUCGACUGCGACUUUGUCGGCAUCUUUUCUCGGCUGCAAUCGCCCCCAGAAAUGGUGGGCCACCUCCACUUGCAAGCGAUGGAUGAAAGCCUCAAAGGACAGAACCGGGAAGGGCUGCUCGACAGUCCGGAUUCGGGCCUGCCGCCCAGUCCCAGUCCGCCUUUCUGCUCCCUCUCGCCGGCUCUCGUCGAGUCCGCGCAGGGCCAGCAGCAGGCGGCGUGGAAGAAGGACGCCAAACUGCUGUCUUACUUGCUGCUCGACACCACAGGAACAGACGCCAGGACCCGCAUGUAUCCCGUCAUCUACGGGGAGAGCAUCGAGGUCGACCCAAAACCGGAGCAAGAACUCAAGUGCACUUCGGCGGUCCGCUACGACUCGGACAAGCAUUACCGAGACCGAGUGUACUGCGUCCCCGUCCCCACGACGACGGCGUACGCCGAGACGGUGGUGGUGUUGCCCAACUGCACCUGGAGGAGCUACAGAUCGCAAGUGUACCUGGAGCCGCGGCAAAAGCCCGUCGGCUACCAGACCACCGCCGUCGUGUACCCCAAACACGCCAAGAACAUUUACCGCACCACGCUGACCUACAAGGCCGCGCCCGCGCGCCGCUGGUUCGUCUCCAGAGUGCAGCUGGAGUCCAGCGAGGAUUCCAGUCCCUGUAUCAUCUACACCGAGGACCUGUAGGCCCCACAACGGUUUCGGCGGGGGGGUUUUUUGUUUGUUUUUGUUUUGUUUUGUUUUGUUUUGUUUUGUUUUGUUCUUGAGGAG